AUGGUCUUAUUUACUAUUGCGAGCGUGCUUUCUUUGAGUCUGGGACUUGCUCUUGCUCAGUCCAGUACCAUCAGUCCACUUGCGCGACCAUGUCCUGGACGAGUGAACGACACCAACAUUGUUUGCAUGAAUCGUUAUGCAUCUUCCAUGCCGCCUUCAUUUGAGCGUCAGAGCUCUACUGGAGGAGCAUUUUCACCCAACGACACUUUCGUCAAGACACAAGUACCCUCAGAUCCGUCCUUCAAUCUCGUAAAGAAUGCGACACUUGUCAUGUUCGAUGAGCGUGGUGACCAGAUUCUUGGCUCCUCCCCUAGGCUAGACUGCGUAUUCGCCAGCCGCAAUGACUCCAUCCAUGAAGGACCAGUGUAUAUCUACCUAGCUCAGACUCUCGGUGAUGAUGGCUUUCAUGUAGCUCAGAACGGGUAUCUUAUAGCAGCAGCGGAAGGUGGAGGUGUGACUGUUCUGAGCGAAUACGAUGAAAUGCUUCUGAGAAUUGAGACAGGCUUCACCGUGAACAAUAUCCAGUUCGCUGGUCCCAAAAGAAAGAAUCUUUGGGUGUUUGGAGAGGGCGAAAUUGCUCGCGUGACCUAG